CGGAACUCAAACUUUAACCGGGCAUGAUUUGCAAUUGCAUUGGGACAUCCAGUGACGCAGCAAAAAGUAGCGACGCCGACGGUACUGUCAGAAGUAGCAAGAACUCGCAAAACGGGAUCCUUGUUUGACUGGUGACUGGAGAGUAAAGUUACCAGGUGGUAUUGUACUUAUUCUAGCAUGAGGUAUCCUGGUAUGCAUCCAGUAUGUGUCAGUUUCUUUGGGAAAUCGCAUUUCAUCCAAUGUAGCAGACGAAUUUUUCAAAGACUUUCUUCCAAGUCAAAGUGUUUAAAAGUAACUGAUGAAUUAUCCUGCAAAGACAGUUGCAAGAUACAAGCAAGACUGACUGCCAAUACCAAUACAUUUUACUCCAGUAUUAAACGGGGAGAUUUGUCAUUCAUACCGAAGAGUUUUUCCAGUCGAUUAUUUCGGAAGCCACUCAUAACUCCUCUGACAAGUUGUGCUCACAGACAAUACUCGAAUGACUCGACUAAUAAUGUCGUGAUGGUUUUUGAUAGAAAAACAAAGAAAAUGCAGCGGAAUACGACGGCAGAGCUAGAGAAUUAUGAAGUGUAUGAUUACAUCAAAGAGGAGAUGGGUUACCGCAUGUACGACAGGAUAUGUGACAUUAAAAGGAAAUUCAAUGUUGCAGUUGAUCUCGGUUGUGGAAGAGGCCAAGUGUCAAAACACAUCCUUGAAGAGAAUGUGGGAACAUUAUACAUGUGUGAUCAUGCAGAACAUGUCCUGGAGCAAGCAGUCACCUCCCCAGAAGUCCCAACACAUAAACUUUGUGUGGAUGAAGAAUUCCUUCCAUUCAACCAUAAUUCCCUGGAUCUUCUGUUCAGCAGUUUAAGUCUUCAUUGGGUGAAUGAUUUACCUGGUACAUUCAAACAGAUUCAUAAUUCUCUGAAACCAGAUGGAGCUUUUAUUGGGUCGAUGUUUGGUGGAGAGACAUUGUUCGAGCUCCGAGUGUCACUUCAGCUUGCUGAACUAGAAAGAGAAGGGGGUUUCGCACCACACAUUUCCCCAUUCACUGAUAACACAGAUCUCGGUAGCCUGCUGAACAGAGCAGGGUUUACUUUAUUAACGAUAGAUGUAGAUGAAUUAGUUGUGAAUUAUCCCAGCAUGUAUGAACUGAUGUGGGACUUAAAAGGCAUGGGCGAAAGCAACUGUGCCUGGAAUAGAAAAUUACACCUUUCACGUGAUACUACAUUAGCUGCUGCUGCGAUUUAUAAAGACAUGUAUGGUAAUGAAGAUGGAAGUGUUCCAGCCACUUUUCAUAUCUUGCACUUCAUAGGAUGGAAGCCAGAUCCAUCACAACCAAAAGCAGCCAAGAGAGGAAGUGGUCAGAUAUCAAUAAAGGAUCUUGGACGCUUGGAUGAAAUCAUGAAAGAACAUCCAGACGGCAUUGAUGAGAAAUGAUGCUCACAAAUGGGAGAGCUGGACGUCUUUAUUUCAUCAUGGUUGUCAAGUUUUUGGCAUAGUGGGCAAAAAUCCCCCCUUUUGGAUGUUACAUAAGGAUUAAUGUGAUUUGGUGAAUUUUGUCUAGAAUUGUACAUGCAGUCCAUUGUAUUUAUACAGUGGUUGAUUUAUAUCAAAAUAAAACAUGGUGACUCACA